AUGAGUUCCGGUAUCCCACCUUGGCGUGCUACCGCGUCCGCUACUGCUACGGCCCCUCACUUUCCUGCACACGCAACCCCUGCAUAUAUCCCUGUUCAAGCACGCCGUAGCUUUGCUCAUACCUCUACCACCGCCAUGGCACCUCAGCCGCAGCCAACAACAACUCAAGCACCUCGCAAACGAGUAGAAUGGCCAGCCCCCCUUCGAUCAUAUGUACAACGAAGCUUCGCGCCUGAGAACCAACUGUCUGGAGUCAACCGCCAGGAGAUGGAGGUGAAACUGAAGACUGUCAUUACUGAGGCGGCAGAGAAGAAUCAGCUGGAGAAGAUCAACUGGGAUGCAUUGCCCCUACCGCAAGUCAUGAUUCAAAACGAGCGCAACCAGAUCCUUACCAAUCCUGAUGUCUCUGGUUGGAGUGCUUCUCUUUUAACUGCUACUCAGAAACCGGAUACAGUCACCGACGACGUUUCUAGGAAAAGAAAAUCGGCUGAGUACGGGGACAAAGACAGCUGUCCACCAUGGAGGCAGACUAACAAUCAUCAUGCAUUUGGAGAUCGAACUACUUAUCCCUCAGCAGACAAGCGCCAGCGUGUUGAUCAUAAGAACCCCAGUAAGUCAAAAGCUAAUUUGGAAAUGCGGAGGAAACGUUUCGAAGAACCGCGGUCCAGAUAUGGCUCUUCGCCAUCCUCCUCUCGUGGGGAAUCCCCAGCGCCCAGUGCCAAUCAGGGGCCUGUUGUUGGACGGUGCGAGGAGCUAGAAAAGAACUACUUCCGCCUGACUUCAGCGCCAAAUCCAGACACCGUUCGACCGCUGCAUGUUUUGCAUAAGACCCUGGAUCUUUUGAAAAAGAAAUGGAAGAAGGAUAACAAUUAUGGAUAUAUCUGCGACCAGUUCAAAUCUCUGCGACAAGAUCUGACUGUCCAGCAUAUCAGAAAUGAGUUCACUGUCAGUGUCUAUGAGAUUCAUGCCCGCAUUGCGCUCGAGAAGGGAGAUCUUGGUGAGUAUAAUCAAUGUCAGACACAGCUGCGAGCGUUAUAUGCCCAAAAUCUCGGUGGGCAUCCUACAGAAUUUAAGGCGUAUCGUAUUCUCUAUUUCAUCCACACUCGCAAUUGGACGGCUAUGAACGAUGCGUUGGCCGAUCUAACAGCAGCAGACAAGCGUGAUCCUGCUGUCAAACAUGCUUUGGAUGUUCGCUCAGCCCUUGCCCUGGGAAACUAUCAUCGUUUCUUCCAGCUCUACCUCGACACUCCUAAUAUGGGGGCUUAUCUGAUGGACAUGUUUGUGGACCGCGAGCGACUUUCCGCACUUGCGGCCAUCUGUAAAGCUUACAAACCCGACGUAAAGAUACGUUUUAUCACUGAGGAACUUGGCUUUGAGUCCGAUGAACAGAGUGCACGCUUUAUCCUGGACCAUGCCUCUGAGGAUUUACUCCAAGAGAAAGAUGGAUCCGUGAGGCUGCUCACGAGCGGCAGGGCUGCGCAACUCUUCGAGGCGGCCAAGUCUGAAGCCCACAGAGUCGUUGAUAUAAAAGGACAGAUUUGA